ACUGAGAGAUAAUCCCAACAAACUCUGACGAAGCCGAGCAUGGGGACGCAAGCGGCGCCGGCGACCCGCCAGAUCGCGGCUGUUGGCGUCAUCGGCGCGGGCCAGAUGGGCUCGGGCAUCGCCCAGCUCGCCGCCACCGCCGGCUGCAGCGUGUUCCUCCUCGACUCCGACCCCGCCGCCCUCUCGCGCGCCGUCGCCUCCAUCUCCUCCUCCCUCGGCCGCCUCGUCGCCAAGGGGCAGCUCUCUCAGGCUGCGUGCGAUGAUUCCGUCAAGCGGAUAAAGUGCGUCUCCGAUGUGCAAGAGCUUCGGGGUGUGGAUCUUGUGAUAGAGGCCAUCGUUGAGUCGGAAGAUGACAAGAAGAAGCUGUUCAUGGAGCUGGAUAAGAUCACCAAACCCUCUGCUAUUCUUGCGUCAAAUACCAGCUCCAUUUCUAUAACCCGGCUUGCCUCAGCUACCAGCCGCCCCUCUCAGGUAAUAGGUAUGCACUUCUUUAACCCUCCUCCAAUAAUGAAGUUGGUUGAAAUCAUACGAGGAGCUGAUACAUCAGAAGAGGUUUUUUCGCAAGUUAAAUCUUUUUCAGAAAGGAUUGGAAAGGUGGUUAUAUGUUCGCAAGAUUACCCUGGCUUCAUUGUGAACCGCAUCCUGAUGCCGAUGAUUAACGAGGCAUUUUGGGCACUUUAUACGGGAGUAGCUACCAAAGAGGACAUCGAUACAGGGAUGAAGCUUGGCACAAAUCAUCCAAUGGGUCCUCUUCAGCUUGCAGACUUCAUUGGGUUAGAUGUUUGCCUCUCAGUGCUUAGGGUACUUCACAAUGGGCUAGGAGAUAACAAGUACAGUCCGUGUCCCCUUCUUGUUCAAUAUGUUGAUGCCGGACGACUUGGAAAGAAGCGCGGACAGGGUGUGUACUCAUACGGGAGAAGCUCUUCAUCAAUUAAACCCAAGUCAUCUUUGUGAACAUAUCGAUAGGCUGCUGAGCAGAGAAAUGAAGCUUUGUAUGUACCUUGUGCAUCAGUGGUGAAUGAAAACAGAAGUCCAAAAAGAAUACUAGUCACUCACCAUCAGUCACAGACUUAUGCAGGCUUGGCUCUGGAGUACUGUUAAAUAGCUGUUGUUUCGGCUUAGUUUUAUAGCAUCUUUAAGUGGUCAUGGAUUGAAGUUGCCUGUAUCCCACAGCUUAAUGUUAAAAGUGACGUGGCAUGGCCUUCAAAAUGUAACUUCAAUCUAUUGGCUACUCUAGUAUACAUGUAACACCCAAAUAAAAAUAAGUAUGCAA